ACUUUUUUGAUCAUUAUAAAUAUAGCCACCAUGAGCAACGUUACAGUUACCGACAACACGGAGCCCCUCACCCGUACCAUGAGCCCGGCACCCUCUAGCCCCUACAGCUAUCCCGUUAGCUUCCAGGUGUCAGUCACGGGAUUCCUCAUGCUUGAGAUCCUCCUGGGCCUGAGCUCCAACCUUACCGUGCUGGCCCUCUACUGCAUGAAGUCCAACCUCAUCAGCUCAGUCAGCAACAUGGUGACCAUGAACCUCCACGUUGUAGACGUGCUGGUGUGCCUUUGCUGCAUCCCCCUCACCAUCGUGGUGGUCCUGCUCUCACUGGAAGGGGACACGGCCCUGGUGUGCUGCUUUCACGAGGCAUGCGUGUCCUUCGCCAGUGUCGCCACAGCCGCCAACGUGCUCGCCAUCACCCUAGACCGCUACGACAUCUCAGUCAAGCCGGCCAACCGUGUGCUGACCAUGCGCCGGGCCCUAGCGCUCAUGGCGGGCAUUUGGGUGUUAUCAUUCGUCAGUUUCCUGGUGCCCUUUAUGGAGGUGGGAUUCUUCGCGCAGGGACACGCUGAACUCAACCAGACGCUCGUGGACAAUGUGAUCCACUCCAACCAGUACUACACGGAACUCGGCCUCUAUUACCACCUGUUGGCUCAGAUUCCCAUUUUCUUCUUUACCGCCGUGGUCAUGCUCAUUACAUACUCCAAAAUUUUGCAAGCCCUAAAUAUUCGCAUCGGUACACGCUUCCACGCCUCUCAGAAGAAGAAAGCACGCAGAAAAAAGCGCCCGUCCAUGACGGCCAUGACACCGCAGCAAGAGGCCACGGACGCAUCCCAGAGCAGCGGCAGCCGCAACCCAACCACGCUGGGCAUGCGGACAUCAGUGUCGGUGAUCAUCGCCUUGCGCAGGGCCGUCAAACGCCACCGGGAAAGGAGAGAGCGACAGAAGCGAGUCUUCAGGAUGUCCCUCCUGAUUGUGUCCACUUUCCUGCUGUGUUGGACACCCAUCACGGUGCUCAAUACGGUCAUCCUCAGCCUGGGCCCCAGCGAUUUGAUGGUCAAAUUGAGACUGGGCUUCCUGGUCAUGGCUUAUGGGACUACCAUUUUUCACCCCCUACUGUAUGCCUUCACCAGGCAGAAGUUCCAGAAAGUUCUGAAGAGCAAGAUGAAGAAGAGGGUGGUGUCCAUCAUUGAGGCCGAUCCCACCCCCAACAAUGCCAUCAUCCACAAUUCCUGGAUUGACCCAAAAAGGAACAAAAAGGUGACAUUUGAGGACAAAGACGCUCAGCCGAAAUGUCUGUCUUCGGAGGAUGUGGAGUGA